UGGAAAAUGAAAGUGAUGCAGUGGGAAAAUCCCUUCAUGUGCUUUUAUAAAUGGCUUUGAAGCUGCUGAAUAAGACUCAGUUGUAAUAAGGAGUGCGUAUCACUCGAGAGAAACUGACUGCAAACAGAAAACACUGGAGAUGAAAAGACAGUUGUGGACAGUGUGGACAGCUCAAGGCAGGAGGAGACGCUGGGGGACCAGGAGCAGGAGACCUUUAAUAGAGGAAAAUAACAACGACAUGCAAGAAGGAUAUGACGAGACAGACAACAUCGAGGAACAAAGCCACCAAAGCACAGUAAACAUAGUCCUUGAGGAACUAGCUGAAUUUCUGGGUGUGGACCCUGAUGCCAGCACUUCUGAGGAUGGACCUUGCUGCUCAGGACAGGAGAAUUCAAACGCUGUCUGCCUCAUACAAAGUUCUGUAUCAAAUAACUUCCCUGAGCUGCCAGCAGAUCUGGACCAGAACCUUCAGCAGCACCUCUCAAAUAUGCAGGAGAGGAUGUGCAAUACGCUUGUUAAGAUGGGUCCCCUGCUGGAACGCUUUGGGUUGAUGGGAUGUCUGCUUGAUUGCUACCAUCGUCAGACAUUUGAUCACCUCAGUGAUCUUCUCAUGAACAUCCAGUUCUCCAAGAAUUACCUGGUGGUAAUGAAGUGGGUCCUACAGUCAUAUCUGAGUCAGGAUCUACUCGGUCAUCCCAGCCUUCAAGAAAUGGAUGCCAUAAAAAAAGUCGACCUACUGCUGUGCAUUGAAUGGGUAGCAAAAACAAAGGACAAACUGCUCGAAACUGUGAAGAAAGAGGUCAGAAAGUCUCUGGAGAAAAUCUUGCUGAUUGAGAAGAGCCAAGAAGAUUGUGAUCAUGAGGAGGCUUGCGUUGGACUUUAUGUGGACACUAUUCAGUGCAUUGAUGCCAUACCCAAAGAGGCACAAAAAAUCAGCUCAAAACUCUCUGCUGAUGUCCAGGAGGUUUGUUUCCAAGAGCUGCUGAUGUUUCUGCAGAGUUAUACGACUCACCAGAGUAAAAUUCUCAACAAGAAAGCAAAAUUAGACAAACCAGAAAUGACACACUUCCUCAAGACUUUGAAAACCUGUAAAGAACUCAAGAAGCACAUCCAGACCGAAAAUAAAGGCAUCAGCAAAGCCCUUCUCCAGGCCGCCGCAGCAGCUCUUGAAAACAUGGAGGCUUUUACUUUGAAACUUCUAAAGCAAAUUGUUGCUGACUUUGCAGAGAGCCACCUCAAGAAUUACUUCAAGCAGGAGAAGUACUUCUCUCUGAUCCGUGAAGUAGAGACUCAUUUUCCCAAGCUGCGGUGGUGUCAGGAUGUACACAACAGGGUGAUGGAUGAGGCCUACAAGCUCAUCGUUCACGUUUACCUCAAACAUCUUAUCCAAAGCAGCCAAAGCAAACUGAGCAGAUGCUGGAGUAUCGAUGUUGUUCAAGCAGUCACUGAAGAUGCUGAGCUACUUCACAAAACCUUCGCAGACAUGGCCCCUGACGUCCAGCAGUGGAACCUCACGCUGUCGAAGAUCCCAGAGCUGCUGAAGUGCAAAAGCACCGACGAGGUGAAGCUCACAGUUGCCAGCAUGCAGCAGGAGAGUCUCACAUGGAGCGAGGACCAGGAUCUUCUGCCCGCACUGCUGCGAUGGACAGGUCUCUCUGGGAGGAAGGUUAGGGAGGUGCUGGACGCCCUCCCCGGGCAGCGGUCCAGACCCAGAUCUACAUCUUGGUACUCUUCUAUUUGCUGCUGUCAAUGGAUGAGCUGAGCAUCAACGACAACAAGCAGAGAAGAAGACAGAGCUGAUUGUCUGAAAUGUUUGAGAGACUUUGGAUGAACUUCUCGUCUCAUCUGAAUGCUGUUAAACCCGACACCCGUUACCGCCUUCGCUUACCUGCUGUAAGGUGGAUCUAAAGGUGUAGUUAAGGAGAAGAAGAGGUUCUUGUAAGCUCUCAGGCUGCCUGUGUAUGAGUUGUUUUACACGUGUGUGUGUGUGUUUUUGAAAAUGUUUACUUGUGGAUUACAGUGGAGGGAAAAUUACAGAAUGUUUAUACGCCGUUAGCAGUAAACUAUGUGUUUGUAAAAAAGAGGAUUAAGAGGUGAAUUUAAGACUUAAAUUGUUGUCGGAAGGGAAGAUUAUUUUGCUGGGGUCUGACAGUCCAAAGCACAGUUUUGGUGUUCUGUUUGCGCUCUGUGAGGCGGGUAGAAGAUGAUCUUUCUCCUGUUUCGAGCUUGCUUUUAGUUUGUUUCCUUUCGUUUGCUUUGUUGGUGCUUCAUACAGCAACGUUAAGGUCCAGCAUGUCGGAUUCUGUGGCGUCUGGUGGCGUGUUUACCCCUCGUCUCUCCCGCUGGCUGCUGCCAACACAUUUGGUUUGUCCGUUCUGGGCUUCUGUAGAAACAAGGCUCAUUCUUAUGUAGCGAAAACUUCUUUCAAAAACAAGACUGUAAAUAUUUCAUUUUUGACCCUCAAUCCGACACGCCGGUAAAAACUUUAACAGCACUGACCAAGACGCACCGUUUCCCCCACUGUCGGAUGGAGACAGAGAUAAGAUUUAAUAUAUUUAUUUAUUUAAUUAUGAGAAUAUAUACAUUUGUUACAGAAACAUUCCAGUAUCUGCAAGCCUGCCAUCAAUCAUAUGAAAUCCUUUUUCUGGUUUUGGUACUUCAGAGUCUGUUGACUUUUGGACUUUUGAAUCACUUCAGGAUGUGCUGUAAAAUGAUUUGAUUCAUUUCACAGGCUUUACUGUGUUUUCUACAUGCUGUUUUAAUGACGCAGUUCCCUGAAAGCACAGAGUGAGACAUGUGCUGUGUUGGUUUGAUUUCUCCUUCACACACACACACACACACACACACACUCAGCAGUGUAAUGAAUAAACUUGAAGAUGAUUCAAUUAUAAAGCUGC